UUGUCAUAUAAAAUGUCGUCAACCUUUAAAUUUGUUUUUGUUUGCUAAUUAAUACCCACAUUAUUGUUAUUUGUUUUUAUUUUUGUACCGUCUCCUAUUAAUUGCGCAUCAAAUGAAUCCAAAAUUAUCUGCUUUUGUGUAAUUUCGGAUUAAAUAAAAUUUCAAAGAUGACCGUGCACUGGAGUGAAGAGAUUAUGAAAUGGGAAUACAGGGAGUUGCAGGCCACAGCUAUGUCUGUGGAUUAUUCGGGUAACAACGUGCUGCUGGCUGGCCGCAGGUGGCUCGCAAUAAAACACAUCGGCGUGGACGACGUUCCCACCGAAAUCGUGAAGAAAUACCCUCGACACAGCAAAUACGAUGCUGCAGGUGCAGAAUGGUGUCAGACUUAUCCUGGGCAAAAGCUCUGUGCGAUUGCUAGCAAUCAACAUGUGGAUGUGUAUGAAUGGAGGGCAGGCAAUGACUUGAUGUGUAUAUGCUCCUUGCGCGGUCACACCAGGGUUGUGAGCGACACUCACUUCCACAGACAAGACCACAAUCUGAUAGCAACAUGCUCCAUUGACACAUUCACUUAUCUGUGGGAUUUGAGAGACACCAGGAAACCUGUGGUAUCUUUAUCUGCUGUAGCUGGAGCAUCUCAAGUUCAGUGGAACAAAGUAGCAUCUCACUUAGUUGCAACAGCACAUGACGGUGAUAUAAAGAUAUGGGAUUACCGUAAAAGUUCUUCCCCUCUCCACUAUAUUUCUGCUCACUUAUGUAAAAUACAUGGUGUCGACUGGAGUCCACACCAUGAGUACCAGCUAGUUACAUCAAGUCACGAUGGAAGCAUUAAGUACUUUGAUAUCCAUAGUGCUAGACGACCAGAGAAUGUUAUAAUGACAAACUUUCCUGUGUGGAGAGCUAUUUAUACUCCAUUUGGGAGUGGGCUACUUACUAUUGGAGUAGGAUGGGGAGGAUUACCUAGAGUUGAACAAGCUGGUGUAAUAGGCAUUUGGAUUGGUGGCACGUUAACUCACAGAUUAGUUGGGCACACAGAUACCGUUCAGACUAUGGUAUGGAGGCCUAACACACUACCUUCAAAUUACCAGUUAGUAACAUGGGGAAGGGAUCAAACACUAAGGCUGUGGACAAUGCAUCCGUCUUUACUAAAAAUGUGUUCACACUAUCUACCUGAUGACACGGAAAAUGAUGACAAUAAUAGUGAUAACAGUUAUGCAUCAACUGCAAGCUCAACAAAUGAUCUUUCGGUGUGUGAUUCCAAAGGGCAGGAUAUUCAAAUGAAUAAAAUUGUGCACAAAACACCUACCUCAAUAGAUGAAGAAUUUGAAUCUAUUCGUGAGAUGGCUAACAUUGAAGUGACUGAUAUGAAUAUUGAGACCAGAACUUGUCAGAUACAUUCAGAACGCAACGGUUACACUGCCAACCUUCAAGUGACCUUCCCGAGGAAUGUUACGGAGCAGACUAUACCCAAGUUCUCUUGGUUGUCCGGAACUAACGUAGAUAGCGCAACCACCAUUAAAAUACUACAAGCUAUUAACAGAACCGCGCACCGCAAGAAAAAAGAGGGUCAUAGAUGUUUGUUACAUUGCUUGAAAACAUUGGCGACAUCUAUAGAUGAGAUUCCUGUAAAAUCCAGCGACGAUUCAGAUUCGAUGAAAUCAAGCCAAAGAAGUCAAUCGGAGAGCGAAAACGCCGGCGAUUCCUGCAUACCAUUCCCCAGAACUUGCGGUGCCAAGUGGUGUGGAGUUAGCACGUUAGUAGUCUUCAACCGGCCCGCAAACGCGAGACGGUUAUCCUUGAAGCACGAAGCCGGCACCCCGCGGUCGAUGUCGUCUUUGUCUCUGACUCCGGCGCUAUUCGGAGGGGGAUAUACUUCGGUGUCGCCCCACGCGACUACUACGCCGUCGCCCACUAACGCAUCUGGGUUCCCUCAACUGCAUCACAGGCAUGCGUCGAAUUCUAUUACGACUUUCUACUUCCAAGAUCGAUGGAAAGCGCAAAGCCGGCGAGCAGGCAGCAUGCGCAGUCGCGGCAGUAUCUCGGGCUGCACGCCGCCGCGCGUGGUGCUGUACGCCGCGGCCAGCCUCUUCCCGCUCAACAGGACGCUGGCCGAAAAAUACUGCAUAAAUGCUGAUAACCCUGUUGAUAUGUGCGAAAAGAAUGCCAAAGUAGCGUCAGAAGAAGGCGAAGGAGAGCUGUCCCACGCGUGGGGUCUGGCCGCGUUGGCCGCACGCUCGCUGGUGGCGCGGCCGAGCGAGCACCUCAUGUCCAGUGAAGAAAGCAUGGGCUGGGCCGGCCAUCCGCUCUGCUGCCACCUUGUACAAGCUCUAAUAUCACAUUACGCAAAAUCAUCGGAUCUGCAAAUGGCGGCCAUGUUAACCUGUGCGUUUUCCGUCUUCAACGACGCAAGCAACUCUAGCUCACAAUCUAUCAUUAGUACAUCCAGUUAUGGAAACGGUAACAACACAUCACCGUACAACACAAUAACUCAAUACAGUGAAAUCAGCGCUGACGGUUGGACCCUCCCCGUCAUACUCCGCAGCAACUCUUGUUCCGAGGCGGAGAACCUAAACACUGAAUACAGCGUCACCAAGUCCGAGCCAUCGUCCGCGUGCGUUAUAGACGAGGCGACCGUACAUCUCUACCACUGCUUUAAGCGAGCCUACGCGGAUGUGUUGCACCGGUGGCAGCUUCUGUAUAAAAGGACUGAGGUAAUGAAGCUAGUUCGAUGUAAGUUCGAGUCGACGUCUUUGGGCGACGGUGUGGGCGAGGCCGCGUGGGAGUGCGCGUGGUGCGCGCGCACGGUGCGCGGCGCGGCGUGCACGUCGUGCCGCAAACUUGCGCUGCGCUGCGCGGUGUGUGGCCGCGGCGUGCGCGGUCUUGCUGUGGCCUGCGCACUUUGCUCCCACGCUGCGCACGCGCAACACAUGAUCGCGUGGUUCGCUCUCCACGACACCUGCCCUGCUGGAUGUGGUUGCAAAUGUAUCAUAGAAGGAAACUCACUGUGGAAAGGAGUCAAGUACGUUUGAGAGUAAAUAGUAAGCCGAUGCAAUGAAUAGAGCUUUUCGAAACAAGCAUUUUGUCGCUUUUAAAUGUGAUCUUAAAAUAUUGUAAGACAUUUAGAAUAAUUCUAUUUUGAUUUUAAUAUAUACUUAUUGAUUAGUUUUAAGGAUAAAGACUGCCGCUUUUAUACCAACGGAUAGAUUCAGUAAUAAGUAAAUGAAAACACAUUCAAACA